AUGGCGUCGCCCCCGGCGCCCCCAGCCAAGAAGCGGAAGAUGAACUUCUCGGAGCGGGAGGUGGAGAUCAUCGUGGAGGAGCUGGAGCGAGGCAAGCACCUCCUUAUCAACCACUUCAACGCGGGCGUGCCCCUGGCCGCCAAGGCCGCCGCCUGGCACGACAUCCUGCGCCGCGUCAACGCCGUCGCCACCUGCCACCGCGAGCUGCCCGAGGUCAAGAAGAAAUGGUCCGACCUCAAAACCGAGGUGCGACGCAAAGUGGCCCAAGUCCGGGCUGCCAUGGAAGGGGGAGGCGAGAGCCAGAACAGCAAUGGCAACGGGGCGGAGAGCGAAGACCCGACGGGUGCUGCGACCGCCCCGGUUAUCCUCACCCCCAUGCAGCAACGCAUCUGCAACCUGCUGGGAGAAGCCACCAUCAUCAGUUUGCCGAGUGGGGACUGCAGUGCAGGUGACGGGACCGAGAUACCCAUCACCGCGUCAGCCACCACGGUCACCCUGACCCAGAUUCCUGCAGAGACAACCUACCACAGUCUGGAGGAUGGAGUCGUGGAGUACUGCACAACAGAAGCCCCCACCACAGUCACCGCCGAAGCACCCUUGGAGAUGAUGGCGCAUCAACACGAAGUGUCUGCGAAACCCCAGGAGCUGAAAAGCCGGAUUGCUCUGAACUCAGCCAAGCUCUUGCAGGAGCAGCGAGUGACCAACUUGCACGUGAAGGAGAUUGCCCAGCACCUGGAGCAGCAGAAUGACUUGCUUCAGAUGAUUCGUCGCUCCCAGGAGGUGCAGGCAUGCGCCCAGGAGCGACAGGCACAAGCCAUGGAAGGAACACAGGCGGCACUGAGUGCCCUCAUCCAGGUCCUCCGCCCCAUGAUUAAGGACUUCCGUCGAUUUUUGCAGAGCAAUACACCCAGUCCGUCGGUCACCACUGACCCCAGCCAGACAGGGCAGCAAGAUGGCAUGAUCCAGUGAAAGAGAAACAGUGAUGGGACGUCUUUCUUGGAAAAAAACUGCCCAUGCUGCAAGUGAACACAGGGAGCGAGGGGUGCUAGCUCUUGUCAAUGUGAAAUGGCUCACCUUGGAGUCUUGCUGAGCCUAAACAGCUUUCUUUCUCUGCUAAUCUCAUGCUAAUCUGCCUUUUCAGACUUGUCAUACAGAACCAUAGCAGGCUGUGUAAUAAACCAGGGACUUAACAUUGGUUGCUUUAGUUCCUCAAACAAUAGUUUUAUUAAAAAAAA